AAAGAAUGAAUCUUAUGGGAAUUUACCAGAAGACAAUGUUGAACAUCUCAGGGAUGAAGAAGAAGAUUAUUCUGCAAGUAUUAACCCAAGUGAAAAAAGAGUAUACGACAAAAAAGGAAAAGAAGUUAUGAGUACUAAGAAAGGUAGAAAAGGACCGAUGGAUCUAUAUAUGCUUCAAGGAUCCCAGAAACAACAAGGGCAAGCAGGAGGCUCAAAAUUGAGACAAACAAAUAUAAGUGAUGCUUGUGAUAAAAAAAUAAGAGGAAGAACAAUUCAGCACAUUGCUCGCUUCUUCUAUCAGGCUGGUCUUCCCCUUAGUACAACUCGUUUAGACAGUUUUAAGGAUAUGAUUGAUGCUAUUGGAAGAUAUGGUGCAGGAUUAAAACCUCCAAGUUAUUAUGAGAUGCGAGUUCCAUUGCUGCAAAAAGAGUUGAAUUAUACAAAUGACUUACUAAAGGGUCAUAAAGAAUCAUGGGCAACACAUGGUUGCUCUAUUAUGUCAGAUGUUUGGACUGACAGGAGGCGCAGGAGUAUAAUUAAUUUUAUGAUUAAUUGUUCUUUAGGGACUAUGUUUGUGAAGUCAAUAGAUGCUUCAUCUUUUGUAAAAUCUGGAGACAAGAUAUAUGAUUUACUUGACAACUUCGUGGAAGAAAUUGGAGAACAAAAUAUCGUUCAAAUCAUAACCGACAAUGGAAGCAACUAUGUUUUAGCUGGUAAAUUGCUUGAAUCAAAAAGACAACACUUGUAUUGGACUCCAUGUGCAGCACAUUGUAUUGAUUUAAUGUUGGAAGAUAUUGGAAAGAUCUUAGAAAUCAAGAAAACCUUAGAAAGGGCAAUUUUUGUUGUUGGAUUUCUUUAUAAUCACAUUGGGGCUUUGAAUAUGAUGAGAGAAUUUACAGGGAAUAAAGAAUUAGUGAGACAUGGUGUUACCCGAUUUGCUACUUCAUUCUUGACAUUACAGAGCGUGCAUCGUCAAAAACAUACUCUGAGAAAUAUGUUUACCUCUGAGAAAUGGGUGACAAGUAAAUGGGCAAAAGAAGCAAAAGGCAAGAGGGCUGCUGAUAUCAUCUUAAUGCCAUCCUUUUGGAAUCAUAUAGUUUAUAUAUUAAAAGUAAUGGGCCCUCUUGUUCGAGUCCUUCGGUUGGUGGAUAAUGAAAAUAAGCCUGCAAUGGGAUAUAUUUAUGAGGCUAUGGAUAGAGCAAAGGAGACGAUUAAAAGAUCUUUUAAUGAAAAUGAAGAAAAAUAUGAGAAAAUUUUUACAAUCAUUGACGAAAGAUGGAAUUGUCAACUUCAUCGUCCCUUACAUGCAGCAGGAUAUUAUUUGAACCCUGAAUUCUUUUAUAAGAUUAAAUCUGUUGGAUUUGAUGCAGAAGUUUUGGGUGGGUUAUAUCAGUGUGUUGCAAGAUUAGUUCCCAGCAUUGAGGUUCAAGAUAAGAUUAUUCAUGAAUUAUCUUUAUAUAAAAAUGCUGAAGGUCUUUUUGGAAUUCCAAUUGCCGUUCGAUCCAGGACAACUACCUCUCCAGCUGAAUGGUGGAGUCUAUUUGGAAAUUCCACCCCGAACUUACAGAAAUUUGCUAUCAAAGUACUUAGUUUGACAUGUAGUGCUUCGGGUUGUGAGCGAAAUUGGAGUGUCUUUGAGCAUAUUCACUCGAAGAGAAGAAAUCGGUUAGAACAUCAACGAUUGCACGAUCUUGUUUACAUAAAGUAUAAUCAAGCUUUGAAGACUCGUCAUGAUUUGAAAAAUAGAUUUGAUUCAAUCUCAUUGCAAGAUAUUGAUGAUUCAAAUGAGUGGUUAGUAGGAGAAAUGGGUGCUAACUUGCAAGAUGCUGAAGACGAGCUUGUAUUUGAAGAUGAUAGAUUGACGUGGGGAGAUGUGGCAAGAGCUUCAAGUGCUGGAGAAUUACAAACAUAUACAAGACAGAUGUCAAAGAGAAAAAUGAGUGCAAAAGCAUCAAGCUCGGCUCCUGCUAUUGUUGAAGACAUAGAGAAUGAAACAUAUCUUGAUGAAGAGGAAGGAAUCGAAGAACAAGAGGAAGAAGACGAAUUCAAUGAAGAUGAUUUGUGUGAAAAUGACGAUAAUAUUGAUUAUGAUGAAUGACUUUGAUGUAAAAUUUUAAUGUUUUGAAUUUUGAAACUUUUUGUUAAUGUGACAUUGUGAUUUUGUAUAUUAGAUUUUCUUAAUUUAAUAGCAUAUUUUUAUUUAAAAUUUUAAAUAAUUAUAUUUAUUAAUUAUAUUAUAUAUUUUUAUAUUUUAGCGCCUCGCUUCGCUCGGGCGAGCGCCUGGGCGAGCGCCUAGCGCCUCGGGCGUUUUUGGACCUUGGCGCCUUUU